AAUUUUGACGGAUACACCACCCACAACGCGUACGUGGGAAUUGUCACUCUGCCAUGGCGAAAAUCUCAUUGUAACGCAGAGAUUAGAAUGAGUCGAUUCGCGCCAAACCCUAUCCGCUAUUUCCACUUGUCAUUUUUAAUUUUGAAUUGCUUAAUGAAGAGAGGCUGUGUCGAAAUGCAAAAUAAUUCUAAUGGUGAUCUUUGGCCUAUGAUAUCUAGUAGUCAUGACGUUUCGCUUUCGUUUUCCAUCCUUGAUGAGAGAAGCUGUAGCUGAGUUCGCUGCUACCUUCAUCGUAUUGACUUUUGGAAUUGGAUCAGUGGCGCAGAUGGUUCUCAGCAAUUGGAAGUUUGGAACUUUCUUCUCCGUCAACUUUGGUUGGGGAAUUGGUGUUACCCUUGGCUGCUACUGGGCUGGUGGAAUUUCAGGCGCUCACAUGAACCCCGCGGUCACAUUGGCCUUUGCUGUUGUCGGCAGACUCCCUUGGAAGAAGAUUCCCGUGUACUGGUUUGCACAGACGGGGGGAGCAUUCGUUGCUUCGGCUUGUGUUUAUGGAGUCUAUUACGAUGCGUUGAAUGCGUUUGACGGAGGCGUCCGUCAGAUACUGGGUGCCAAUGGAACUGCGGGGAUCUGGGCAACCUAUCCCCAAUCCUUCUUGUCUACCUGGAAUGGACUAGGAGACCAGGUAUUUGCCACGGCCCUGCUGGUCGGUUGCAUCUUCGCCAUCGUUGAUAAGAACAACAAUGCCCCCGACCAGGGGGUCGCACCGGUUGUGAUUGGUCUAGUCGUAUUUGUGAUUGGCGCCACCUUCGGAUUUAAUUGCGGAUACGCCAUCAACCCCGCUAGGGAUCUAGGACCAAGGCUAUUUACAGCAGUGGCUGGCUGGGGUACUGAGGUAUUCACCGUUGCCAACAAUUGGUCAUGGGUACCAGUGGUGGGAAGUCUGCUGGGCGGAGUCUUGGGUGCUCUGGUUUAUAUUGUCCUCAUCGCAAUACACCACGUUCCAGAAGAUGAUGGCGAGACUGGGUACGACCUUCACACCGUCGUUUCAACUAAUCCUGAUAUUACAAAGGCUUAAGGAAAUGGUCUGGGUACGGGUAACAUGGCCUUUACUGAGGAUAGUAUGCGCCCACUUUCGAAUCAGGGUCCUACGAUGGGUGCGGUUGAAAAGACAUCCCAGCUAUAAUUGUUUAAGGAAUUGUUGCUAUGUUUUUGACUUGGCCUCUCUGGGCACCUUGGCUUUACAUUUUGAGAACUGCUGCAUGCAUAGAAUAAAUUUAAGUGAUUCUUAAAACACAAAAAAGUGUCACUCGAUGUCAAACUUUGUCGCUCUAUAAUCGCUACUUGAUUAUGAUGUAUGCUAUGCAUUUAAAAUGAUUUUUUUAAUUGGUAAAUCCAAAUUUGCAAGGAUUAAAAGAAGUACAUUGCCACUUUAAAAAUAAAUAAGUAGAUAAAAAAUAAAUAAAUAAUUAAAAAAACACAAUCAACUCAAUAAGGGCCUGUUUGCAUGAAAACGGGGGACCCCAGGCGGGUGAGGUAACCCCCCCCUCCCACAAGGUUGAGCCUGCAGUUCCCGAACAGCGACUGGUGAUCGAACCCAUAGUUCAAACAGACUCUCUUUUCUCUUACUAAAAUAGUUGGUUCAUUGUGUUUCUUACUUUUUUUUUCUUCUUUUUUUUUUCCCCUCUUUUUCUUUUUUCGCUUUUUAUCUUUCUUUAGUUCCGUUCGAGUCCGGUGAGUUAGAAGAGAGAGUUAGCAAGGUUGAGAGCCAUACGAACAGAGAAGUUUUCUUUCAUUCCAACAGUAUCAAAUUAUGACGAUGGAAAUGUUGUUUACUCAAACUCACUUUAAUACAAAAGUUUAUAAUAUAUGUUCGUUUGGGGGAAAAAUUGCUUCGGAAAAAUUCCCAUCGUCGUGAACGCCUUCUUUACAAUGUUGUUUAGAAAAAAAGUUCAGGAUAUAAUCGAUCGUGUUCAAACAUGGUAAGAUACUAAUCAGUGGGCCCUUUUUUGCUUGACCUAAUCAUAAGAACUUUUUUCAUAAAAUUGGAAUUUUUGAGCCUUAAAAUUUUACCCGGUAAAAAGGAACUAGAUAUUAGUGUGGGAAACGUUGAUCUUACAGCAUUGUAAAACCGGUCAACGUUUUCACUUAAAAACGGCGUAAGAAACAAAAAUUGGGAUCUUAUCGAAAAUCUAAAAAAAAAAAAAAAAA